AUCGUCAUUGACUUAUGGCGGCCAUUUUUACUGAUGAUCCACCUACCUAGCUCGCAUCACAGGGAAACUUGGUGAUCGUGGGAAGUAUUUGAGGACAGUGGACUAACGGUGUCUAUAGAGUUUCACCAUGCCGGCUGUCAAGGGAGAUGGCAUGCGCGGUCUGGCAGUGUUUAUAUCUGAUAUCCGGAACUGCAAAAGCAAGGAAGCAGAGAUUAAAAGAAUUAAUAAAGAAUUAGCCAACAUUAGGUCAAAGUUCAAAGGUGAUAAGACCCUGGAUGGCUACCAGAAGAAGAAGUAUGUUUGUAAGCUGUUGUUUAUCUUCCUUCUGGGACAUGACAUUGAUUUUGGACAGAUGGAGGCAGUCAACCUACUCAGCUCCAACAAGUACACUGAGAAACAGAUUGGCUAUCUGUUCAUCUCUGUGAUGGUGAGUGCCAACAACGAGUUGAUGAAGCUGGUGAUUCAGUCCAUCAAGAAUGACCUGGGGAGUCGUAACCCCAUCCACGUGACCUUGGCCCUCCAGUGUGUGGCUAACAUUGGCAGUAGGGAGAUGGCAGAGGGUCUUGGCACAGACAUCCCUAAGCUGCUGGUCUCUGGGGACACCAUUGAUGCUGUGAAGCAGAGUGCUGCCCUGACUCUUCUGAGGCUUUUGAGAACUUCACCAGAGUUUAUACAGAUUGGUGAAUGGUCAUCUCGUGUCAUCCAUCUACUCAAUGACCAACACAUGGGUGUGGUCACUUCGGCGGCCAGUCUGAUUGAAGCCCUGGUGAAGAAGAAUCCUGAUGAAUACAAAGGUUGUGUUUCCCUGGCCGUCUCCCGACUCAGCAGGAUUGUGACAUCAUCCUACACAGAUCUACAAGACUACACUUACUACUUUGUUCCCGCCCCCUGGCUGUCUGUAAAGCUCCUCCGACUGUUACAGAACUACCCUCCCCCAGAGGACCCAGCGGUGCGUACACGAUUGACCGAGUGUCUGGAGACAAUCCUGAACAAGGCCCAGGAGCCACCCAAGUCAAAGAAAGUACAGCAUUCCAACGCCAAGAAUGCUGUCUUGUUUGAAGCUAUCAACCUCAUUAUCCACAUGGACAGUGACCCUAACCUGCUAGUCAGAGCCUGUAACCAGUUAGGCCAGUUCCUCCAGCACCGUGAAACCAACCUCAGGUAUCUAGCCCUAGAGAGCAUGUGUCUACUGGCUACAUCUGAGUUCUCUCAUGAGGCUGUGAAGAAACACCAAGAGACAGUUGUCACUGCACUAAAGACGGAGCGUGAUGUGAGUGUGCGACAGCGUGCAGUGGACCUACUGUACGCCAUGUGUGACCGCACCAAUGCCGAGGAGAUUGUGGGGGAGAUGCUUGACUACCUCGAGUCUGCAGACUACUCUAUCAGAGAGGAAAUGGUCCUGAAGGUUGCCAUCUUGGCAGAAAAGUAUGCGGUGGAUUAUACUUGGUAUGUGGAUGUCAUCCUCAACUUAAUCCGUAUAUCGGGCGACUACGUCAGUGAGGAGGUGUGGUACAGAGUUAUACAGAUUGUGAUCAACAGAGAUGAUGUACAGGGGUAUGCAGCUAAAACAGUUUUUGAGGCAUUACAAGCACCAGCCUGCCAUGAAAAUAUGGUGAAGGUUGGGGGUUACAUCUUAGGAGAAUUUGGUAACUUAAUCGCUGGAGAUUCCAGAUCUAGUCCCAUUGUGCAGUUCCAGCUUUUACACUCUAAAUACCACUUGUGUGGGCCAGGUACACGAGGUCUCCUACUCUCAACAUACAUCAAGUUUGUCAACCUAUUUCCAGAGAUUAAGAACAGCAUACAAGAUGUUCUGCGCACCAACAACAACUUGCGAAACUCGGAGGUAGAACUUCAGCAGAGGGCUGUGGAAUACUUACAGCUAAGCACAGUGGCCUCUACUGAUGUCUUGGCCACCGUUUUGGAGGAAAUGCCGCCAUUCCCAGAGCGAGACUCCUCCAUUCUUGCCAAGCUGAAGAAGAAGAAGCCCUCUGGAGUACCUGAGGGGACAGAACCAAAGGAACACAAGAUCCCUCAGGCCCACAUGAGCAAUAGCCUGGACACACCAGCUGCUGCUCCACUAGAUAAUCCAAUUCCGUUAUCGGUGCCAAUAUCCCCACCAAGUAGUUCAGGGUCAGUUGAUCUGCUCGGCCUAGGAACACCCACAGCGCCCUCUGGUGGAGGUGGCGAUGGGGGGAUUGGCAGUUUGUUAGUGGAUGUGUUUGGUGGAGUGACCAGCAACGGCACAGAUUCCUCAGGCAACCUAACACCAGGGGCAGAGGAGGGUUAUCAGAAAUUUAUUUGUAAGAACAAUGGAGUGCUGUUUGAGAAUGAUCUUCUACAAAUAGGGGUAAAGACAGAGUUCAGGGCCAACCUUGGACGUCUAGGAAUUUUCUAUGGCAACAAAACCUCAUUCCAAUUUACCGGCUUUCAAGUAGACACUCACGUGUCGGAGGAUCUUCAAACCAAGAUAACAUGUCAACAGAAGCCGGUGGGCACAGUGGUGGACAGUGGAGCACAAGUCCAGCAGGUUAUCAAUAUAGAGAUCAUAUCGGAGUUCACUGAAGCCCCAACACUUCAGAUAUCAUUCCUAUAUAGUGGGGCUACACAGAGGAUAAACCUGAAGCUACCAGUGAUGUUAAACAAAUUUAUAGACGCAGCAGAAAUGGACUCGACAACAUUUUUCACACGAUGGAAGGCACUGAACAAUCCAAACCAAGAAUGCCAGAGAAUAUUUAAGGGUAGUUUCGCAAUGGACACAGAACAAAUUAAAGCAAAGUUAUUAGGCGGAGGAUUUAGUGUAUGUGAAAAUAUUGACCCUAACCCAGAUAACUUCGUGUCAGCUGGAGUGCUGCACUCAAGAUCAGCACAAAUUGGCUGCCUGCUGAGGCUGGAACCAAACAAAGAAGCACAGAUGUAUCGACUGACGAUAAGGACAAACAAGGAUGGCAUAGCUAACAUUUUAUGUGAUCUUUUCGACAAGCAAUUUUAAGUUUGGACAUACUAUGGGAAGCAGAGCAACUCUUGCUUCACAGGAAAAACAAACAUCAGUUUCAAGGACUGCAGAAAUUGUGGCCAGGGAUUGUUCAGAUGGAACCGUAAUAUCUCACUUCACUGUUGUGUGAAAUGAGUGAAACUAGAUAUAAUUGUGAGAGGGUGUUUUAUAAAGCUAAAUGUACAUUCUUCUCUAUAUGUAUACAGGAGAAAAGUGUUGGCCUGAGACUUUAAAUUGGCUGGCUGGGUGAUAAUGUAUGGGACAGAUGUAUAAUCCAUCGUUAAGCCUUGUGUAUGUUGUCUGUCCAUGUGUGUCUAUCUUAGUGAUGUAAUGUCAUUGUCAAUACUCACAUGGCCACACCUCAGUACUUCCUUCCUGUAUUCCCUACCCUCUUCACCAGUUUGUCACUGAAAGUAUGCUGGCAUAUUUGUAGAAAACGUUUUGCUGACCCUGAUUUAUAGAGACCAUGGUGCACACCACUCUGGUAAAUAAAAAAAAUGUUCCGCUACAUUUCAGAUUUUUUUGGAACUGAACAUUACUCUGAUCUGCCCGUCACUAAGAAGUCAUGUGAUAUGGAAACAAGGUUAACAUUUGAAAUACUGUCUUGGAUAUCUACUACUCACUAGUAUUCUACCAGAUCAUGCCUUGACUAACAACACCUUUUUCUGUAGACUCCAGAUCUGUCCAAGAGUUGCCUGCACGUCCUAACAGAUACUUAGUCAGGAGUUAUCUGCCCUUGUGUAAUUCUGUGUCUUCCUAAACAUUAUCAUUCUUACUCUGUUCAAGUUUAAUGCUUAUGUUGUGGGUCAAAUAACCUGAACCUGCCAGUGAAUAUUCUAAACACUCAAGUCAUGAAUCAAGAAAUUCUGUGUACUGAAGAAAUUUUUUUGUCUUCAAACUUUAAAUGUUCAUGAUUCAAAAUUCUAUCUUGUGAAGUUAUAUAAAUGAUGAAAAACAAUAUUAAGGUUCUAUUUUCUCAUUUAUUUUCUAUUUGUAUUUAUCAGUGUAUAAAGGAUAGAGAUGUUUAACUAGGGUUCAGAGUCAGGAGGAGGUAGGACAUUUGUAUGUUGUUACACAAUGAUUAAAUAUCAUGUUGAUAGAUGUCAAGGGUUGUGAUGCUAAAUGAAAACAUUUUUACCAAGAUUGUCUACCUACAAAGUUUAAAAUUUCUUUUCCCAAGUGCAAGGGUUCAUAUCUUGUUACUAUAUAGUGACUGCUUAAGCUUAAACUGUGCAUAACCCACAAAGCUUCACAAAAUCUUGAGACUGUGUAACACACAUUACUAUCGAGGACUCCCACAGCCCUGUGUGUAACUCGCAUAACUUGGAAAAGACAGGUGUUCAAUGAUCUGUAAAUAAGUGAAUGAGAAAUCAUCAUAUCAAUAAUCAUGUCAGUAAGUGAACUUUUUUAACUUCAAACACCAAAGAGCUAAGGCUUAUGUGUGCCCUCACUUUAGACAUAAGGUUAUGAUAAUAUUACAACUUUGCUACAUUUGUCUUAAGAAAAACGGACUUAGCUUGGUUCUGUGUGUCGAGUGAACUAGUAGGUUUGUGUUGGUGUCGUCAAUAUUCUUGACUCUUCCUUCUUGCAAAAUGUAAAGUAGCUACCCUUCAUGUAACACUCUGUGCUUCCGACUAUUUGUUUUUAACAAACAUUUGACUAUUUGCUGUAUAUUUGUAUAUCAUCAUUCCGCUAAUAAUUUCAUCUUUAGCGUGUAAUUUUUUCAUGUGUAAGAUUGUAAAGAGACACACAGUGUGGUAUUUGUUACGAUUUUGUGGUAUCUGUUAUGAGACAUGUUGUGUUAUCUGUUAUGUGAUACUGUGUGGUAUCUGUUAUACUGGGAUGUUGUAAUUGCGCUAAUGCGUUGAAUAAAGAAUGGGACAAACACUGUUAUAUUUUAAGUAAGAGACUGAUUUUAUCCUGACCUUGGAAACUCUUUCAGUUUGCAAUCCCUACCCAUUUCAGCCCUGGAUCUGCCUCUGCUCACUGGUAAUUUUUUCCUGUAUUUCUGACUUAAAAACUAUAAUUUUUAACUGGUAUUUCAAAAUAUUUUCAAAAUCCAUGGAAAAUUUACGAUAAAUGGUUGCGACCCAGGACUGGUUUUUUAUUGUUCCUGCGUAUAGUGUGCACCCCUUUUUCGAUAUUAUCUUUUUCCCCUAAAAAUGUGUGCACUAUAUGCCCGAAUAUUUAUGGUACUAGUUUUUGUCAGUUUAUAGUUACAAAUGUAGUGUGUUUCACUUGGUUAUUUCACCUGUUAGGGGGAGGACCAGCAAAUAACCAUUGAGUUUGUCUUUUUUAUAAUCUGUUUCAAACCCGAUAAAAGUGUAUUACCAGGGGUAAUUAUAAUACUAAUGGCUAUAUAACUAGAUGAAUAUUAUUCAAGUGAUUGUUUUCCCAGUGAAAUUUUGUACAUGGUAAGACUAAGUCAUCUCAUUCAGUAUUCUGUCUUGAACAUGUAAUAGUUUAGUAAUCUUUCAUCUUGUCUUGAGUAUUAUUGACAUUUUCGGUAAUAGAAAAGCUUUUUGGGCAUAAAAGAUGCUAGACCUGUGUCCAUAUUCAUGAAACAGUUCUCAUGCUCAAGAAUGGAUUCUUUGCUCAAAUCAACUUUCUUCUAAGCUGCAUCAAUGAUAUGACAUGGUCAAAGAGUCAAGACUGGACAUUGAAAACGGUAUUAAAUUAUAAGUUUCUCAAAAUUUCUGCCCAAUCAUUAGCAAAAUGUAAAUAUUUAUUUGCUGGAACAAGAAAUUUGGCUUGAGCACAGAAUCACGAGAUUGGAGCAUGAGAGUGAUAUCUUGAAUACAGGCCCAGAAUAAAAAAUGGUAAAGACUGAAAGCGAAGCUGCUAGUUUUGAUAUGUAAUAAUAUGAUCUACUUGUACUCUUUUGAGAAUUAAUACAAAUAUUUGUCCAGGGGAGAUAACUCUAGCAUUUACGAUUUGAGGCAUUAAUCGAGAUUGUGAUCAUACAACAUAUCACACAUUGGAAUUGACAAAAAGACCACGAAAUAUUUGUGUGCUCUUUUGUUAAGUUUUUGUUGAUACCACAACAGUGUAUGGCAUUACAAAUGGAAAUUUGCCCAUUUGAUUGUGAUGUUUGGUUCCAGGUGGAGAUAGUUUAGUGUAGACUGGCUUUUUGGUGAGAUUUUCUGUCUGUUAUGAUACAUAAACUUCAUAGGUGGGAUAUAGGAAAUAGAGUACCAAGAUGUUGUGAUUAAGUGCUGGUGAAGUUUGGUGUGGAUGUAUGUACUGGACGUGGACUUGUUCCAUGUCCCAUCAUUAGCUAAGGUGUAAGUAGUGCUAUUUAUAUGGUUGGCGAUAAUGUUAGAUGUGAUAAGAGUACUGUGAUUUGGCUUGGAUGGUAAAAGUCCUCCCUUCGUGUGUGGUGAUCCUGUAUAAGAUGGGUAUCUCUAUAACAUGGUAAGGCCGUUGUGUGGUUUACACCGACACAGAUGUUAGACAUGUGUACAAUUGACGCCCCACUGGGCCAUCAUAAGGACCUUGUAGGAGGAAGUCAUGGACUCACAACAAAGGCAAAAAUUGGUGCCUCUUUAUCCAUGCUUUUUCUGCAUAGAAUCUUGACUAAACUUGAUAUUUUAGUUGAUUUCACGAUGUAUGAACGAAUUAACCUUAAACUUGUUCUGUAGGAUGUUUAUCACACCUGGAAUCUUUUGUGUUGGUUAACGUUGUACAGAUACAUUGGUAUCUUGCAUCAUGAUAUAGUAACGUAUACUUAUAUGUGAUAAAUGUUUUUGAAAGUGGUCCAUAUUGACAGAUUACAGCCUGGUUGCCAUGGUAACAAAUUUGCCUGCCAACAGGCUGUCGUAGGAGAAAUAACUUUUCCCAAAUUUAAGUGUGCAAUACUACAGCUCAUCAUGUAUAGAGGACUGGAAUAAUGCUCUGCCAUUGUUUGUGUAUGUUAGUGAUGUAAUCGGUAGAGAUCAUGUAAUUGACAUAGAAGCACCAUACUGUUGUACUUAGAAAUGACCUCUAACUGGCAGUCAACAGGUCAAACAUUAUGGUGAACUUUGAACUCUCACCAAGUAGUGCUGUGGUUGUUGUUUUACCAUGAAAUUUUCAUCUGUUCUUACUGUGUAAUGUAGUUUGGUCAUGUGAAUCUGAGGUAAAAGUUUAUAUGUUAAUUGAUGACGUCAUAAAAGGCGAUAUAGAUAGUUAUGUAGUAAGCCCCUUACCUGUACAAAUGUCGAUGUAAUUAGCCCAUAUAUGUUUUGCCGUACACAGGAUGGUACGGAGAAGGGACCAUGUACUAUUCUCCGGCAAGUCCAUCUUGUAUUCUUCGGCAGACAUUGUAUAUACAGCAUACUACUGAAUAAACUUAUCAUCUGUACAUCGG